AGCCGGAUAUGGUUCAUCUGGCGAUCUGGAAGUGAAAUUUUUAAUUUGAAAUGCAAAAAUAAAAGAGAGAGAGAAGACAAAAAAAAAACACAAAAAGAAAACAGUUCCAUUGCCAUUGUCAUUGUCAAGAUCUAGCUGAGAAGUGUCAGAGAGAUAGAUAGCAAAGAAGGGGAAGAGCAAUAAGCAAAUUUAUAGAUAAUGGAAUCAGCUUGGUCCAGUUACUACCAGGAAGUUUGAAAUUAAAGAUUCUUGUGGCUAAGCAUUCCUCCUCCCUCGCUCUCCCUCUCUCUCUCUCCCACUCUCUUGUGUAUAUGUAACAUUUUGGAAAUCUUACUUGAUGUAUUUACAAAAUGUAAGCUUUAAAAUAAAAUUGGCACGCGAUUCAAUUGAAUCUUAGCUGGAAGUGUGGACAAGCCAGAGGGCAAUUACGAACACACACACAUACACACACACAUAACUCGGACGCGACCGUCUGUCCAGCGAAACGAGCUCAUCUCUCUUUGGAUUGAUAUCAGUUUACGACCGCAAUACGCAAAUUUAUGCCUCCCACACACCCACCACACGGCUGUGGGAAACGGAAUCUUCGUCCGUAUCAAACAGACACAUCACAUCUUUAUCUAGAUGAGCACACUUUUGCCUAACUAUCCAAGAGGUUCACUUCUCAUUGUUUAUUCGCGUUCAGAGCUUAAACGAAGCGUGACAAAUUUAUUUACCCACUAUACUAGGAGCAUAUGUGUGUAUGUAUGUGUAUGAUCCUGUCCGGUUUUUAUGUUCAGUGUUUGUGUCCUUUUUGUUGUUGGUCAAGUGAAAGUCAAGUGUACAAGAAAUAAGCAACGAAAAUCGAAAUAUGGUUGAAUCAAUAUCAAUAUGAUAAUAAUCGUGUUACAGAAUCCAACAGAGCAAUAAAACAAAACCGAAUAAUGAAAUUCCCACGUCGAUGUAAAGUGAGAUGAUUUGAGUGAAUUUCGAUUUAAGUUUUUUCCCCCCAGUUCCUUUGCCCUGUCCCCCAAAACAAAAUGCUUGACAAAUUCAAGACAAGGGCAAUAGUAACAUUUGGCUUGGGAUUCAUAUUUAUGUGGUUAGGAGCACAUGGAGCCACGGAAGCCAACGUGAACUAUACAGCUAAGCCGCGAGUGGUUCUUCCACCUAAUUAUGUCAAGGAAAUACGCCCGCCCUCGAAGAAGGGCUCCCCAGUGAUAGUAGACUUUAGCAUAUUUGUCGUAGAUAUUAACUCAAUUAAUGUAGAGGAUAUGGACUUUAGAGUAGACAUGUUUAUACAUCAACGCUGGCUCGAGUCGCGUUUGGAGAUACCCGACGAUAUAUUCGAGGAGGGCGAUGAUUAUGUUACUUUACUUCCAGAAGUAUUUGAAAACUUUUGGCAGCCCGAUCCAUAUUUCCUCAAUUCAAAAAUAGCCGGAUAUGGAAGUCCAUAUGUUGCGUCCACCUCUCUGCUACGCAAUAAGGGUGAAAGAGAUUCGAAAAACUUUCAUCUAGACAAAACUUUAAAAAUAGCCACAUUGACGCACAAGUUCACGUCGGUGACGUUGUACAAGAACAAGACGGUAAGAUAUGCUGCCCGGAUGCACGCCAUCAUAGCCUGUCAAAUGGAAUUUCAACUCUACCCCAUGGACAUUCAAGUGUGUCCCAUCUACAUAGAGAGCUUUUCGUCCAACAAUCAAAAGGUCAAACUACGAUGGUCAGACUCCGGAGUGACGCUCAAUCCGGAAUUGAAACUCUUGCAAUACAAUCUCGGUCAGCCGCUGGAAUUGGAGGAGAGCGAUGGCUACAUGCCAGAGAAAGUGGGAAAUUUCUCUCGGCUCACAGUUUACUUUCGAUUUGAACGACAAAUCGGUCAUCAUCUAAUCCAGACUUUCGCUCCCUCAUCGCUGGUGGUCAUGCUAUCGUGGUUCAGUUUCUGGCUGGGCUUGGAUGCGAUUCCAGGACGGGUUACUUUGCUAGUGACCUGCAUGCUGACACUGGUCACCAUGUUCACGGGAGCAGAUAUUCCGCCAGUGGCAUAUGUGAAGGCCCUGGAUCUAUGGAUGGCUGGUUGUAUGCUCUCCGUGUUCGCUGCCCUGGCCGAAUUCGUGGUGGUCAAAGUCCUGGAUGUCCAGUAUCAGUACCAGGUGAAUCGAAUACCCAAGGUACUGCCCAUGCGCAUAAGCAACAUGGAGAAGGGUCAAUGUGCAACGGUGGCCAGCUGGGAGGGCGGAGCAGUGCGGUCUCGUAAAGCCACCCAAACGCCCACAACACCGGGGCAGACCUCGCUUCAGGGCAAUGGAGGACCGCCGAAACCGGCCCGACGUCAGAGUCUUCUCUCCGUGGCCUGGACAGACACGGACACGGGGGUGGAGAAGAUCAUGUGGCGUGAGAUUGACAAAGUUUCAAGAGCCGUUUUUCCCAUACUCUUUUUCGUUUUCGUACUUCUGUAUUGGCCUAUUUUGCUCAUGAAGUCCUCCUAGGAUUUGGGGAGUUCAAGACUUCACAUGUCUGGACUCCGUUAAAAAAAUUAUAUUUACAUGAUGAUGGGAUGAGAUGAUCAAGGAUACAAACAAGAAAUGUGCAAUAUCAAAGAUUU